AUGUUUAGACAAUUCAUCCGAAACAUGCAAAUCAAAUCAAUUCCUAUGCGCUGGGGUCGUGGUGACAACUAUGCCUACCUCAUUAUCGACACCCCCACCAAACAUGCCUGGAUAAUUGAUCCUGCCCAACCCGAAGACAUUUCCAAGUAUCUCGACACAAACAAGACAGAGUUUGAACUCAAGGCAAUUGUCAACACUCACCAUCACUAUGACCAUUCUGAUGGUAACAAGCACUACCAUAAGCAAUUCCCCGGAUUGCCUGUGAUUGCUGGGCGUGAUUCUCCUCUAGUUACUUAUACACCUCUCCAUGGCGAAGUCAUCGACCUUGGUGAGAAUGUUCAAGUUACUGCGUUGUAUACUCCAUGCCACACGCAAGAUUCUAUUUGUUAUUACGUUGAAGAUAAAGAGACAAAGGAAAAAGCGGUGUUUACUGGUGAUACCUUGUUUAUUAGUGGAUGUGGGAGAUUCUUUGAGGGGGACGGUGUGCAAAUGGACCAUGCCUUGAACGGAGUAUUGGCCCAUUUACCCAAAGACACAAGAGUGUUUCCUGGACAUGAAUAUACAAAGUCUAAUGUUAAGUUUUCCAAGACGGUGUUGAAUAAUGAUGCUAUCGCUAGUUUGGAAAAGUUUGCUAAUGAGAAUGAAUUCACCACGGGGAAAUUCACUAUUGCCGAUGAAUUAAAGUUCAAUCCAUUUAUGAUGUUGACAGAUCCACAAGUUCAAAAGGCCACCGGCUUAACCAAGGCCAGUGACGUGAUUACCAAACUUCGUGAAAUGAAGAAUAAUUUCUAG